GUUAAAUAGUAGAAGAAGAAGAAGACUCUUCCGGGUUGGUUUGUUUUGCUUUUGUUGUCCAGGCAGUUAGCUUCAAGCUAAACAUGUCAGCUACAGAGGACGACACCGAGCUACGGGACCUGCUGAUCCAGAACCUGGAGAACAACGGAGUCCUCAACAAGCUCAAGGCAGAGAUGAGGGCAGCAGUGUUCCUCGCGAUGGAGGAGCAGGACAAACUGGAGGUGAAGAAUAAAAGUCCACUAGUCAACGAGAACCUGGAGAAAUGUCUCAACACCAGAGAAGGACGUCUGGUGGCCGGUCUCAUCGUCGACUUCCUGCAGGUCUUUAACCUGGACUUCAGCCUGGCAGUGUUCCAGCCGGAGACCAACUCGCUCAACAGUGUGGACAGUCGUGAUCUUGUCUGUAGAGAUCUUGGUCUCUCAGAGUCUGAGGUGAACAGGAAGUGUCCUCUGCUGCUGGAGCUGGUGACGAGAGGACGACACAAAGCUGCUGAGGAGCCGUCUCAGAAACACAUCGCACUCGCUAGGAAGAAGUUCGACUUCUACGACAAGGACGGGAACGGCUCGGUUGGAAGAGAAGAUCUGAAGAACGUCUUCACAGAUCUGUUCCCCGGUUUGAACAAGACCAUGUUGGAGCACUUCAUCACCGAUGAGCUCCGAGCUGCAGACCAGAGCUUCUCCUGCACUGUUGACUUCCAGAUGUUCGUGGGCCUCUACAAGCGUCUCUUCUCCCAGUGCAGAGCUGUGGUGUUUCAGGACCCUUCAGGGGGGUCUCCUGAGGAGAAGGUCCUCUCGCCUGUCACUAAGCAUCUGGACAGUACGGCCUCUCCGGGUACAGUAGACGUCCAGCUGCCAGGUUCUAGACCCGGUGGGGCGUCUCUGUGCCUUGAGAGGAGGCCCGAGGAAGAGGAGGAAGAGGAGGAGGAGGAGGAGGAGGAUGGCGGGGAUUCGUUCUUUGACGACCCGAUGCCCAAACCACAGAAGACCUACGGCUGUGACGUCCCCCUGAGGAAGGAGUGUCUCUCUGCGCCAGUUGUGUCCCCCGUGAGGAGGGACAGCCUCAGCGAGAAGGGGGGGGCCAGAGGGAGUCCAGCCGGGUCCCCGGGACCAGGAGGAGGAGCCAAAGGAGGAAGCAGCGCGUCGGAGCAGAGCCACAGCAGGACCGGACCUCAGGCCUCCAGACGCCUCAGAGACUCCAAGGCCGCCAUCGAUCCAACCGGAUCCCUGCAUUUAGACGACGACGUUGAAUACGACGACGACUUCAACAGCCAUCGGUCGGACCUCUCAAAGAGCGAGCUGAGCAUCGGGGAGGAGAUCGAGGAAGUCUCCAUCGAGGGACCCGACGUCAGCAACCAGGGGGGGGACAGCACGCAGGACCUGAGCGUCUCUCAGCUCAGCCGGAGUCACGGGGCCGACUACAUGGAGGAGGUGCCCUGAGCCUCCCAGCAUGCACCUCUUCCUCCUCCCCCUCCAUAUUUAAGUCUACACCUUAAACAAGCCAAUAAAGUCAUUCGUAUCCUCCGUUUGUUUCUGAUUUACUCCUCUGUGAGCCGAUGGAGGGUUUAACGUUGCCAUGGUUACUGCAGGUUCUUUAUUUACAUGAAACGUGUAAAACCCACAAUAGUAUGAUUUAAAAUAAAUUGUGUUACUGAUGAGAUUAUUGU